GGCCAAUGCUCCUUCUGGGACCAACCCGCAGGUCCUGGCUGGAGGGUCUCGCCCCUGCGCUCAGGCUCAGCCCCACGCUGCACUGGGGCAGGAAGGGAAUUUUCCUCCCUGGUCACAUUAGUCCGGACUGGGAGGUUUCCCUUUCCUCUGCAGCGGGGCACGGGCUCGGCCUGGACUCUGCAGCGUCCACGGUCCCCCUGGCAGCAGCAGGACGCCGGCACCGCGGCCCCCCUGUAUCCCGGGGCAGGGCGAUGCCUGGGGCCGGUCGGGGCUGAUGGUCGUUGUAUGUAGUUUGAAUGAGUCUGGGCUGACCCUGCCUCAGGCAGGGCUUGGACCGGACCUGACCUGGGGAGGUCCCUGCCACCCCGCUUGGCCACCACCUCCGCCCCCGGGACCUGCAGAUGGGGCGCUGGGCCGGGUCCCGCCAGAGCCGCCUGCAGGCAGGACCCGGCUGGCUCGGGGCCGGCACUGGGGAGCUGUAAGCUCUGUCCCGGCCUCCCGACAGACAACUCGCCAGGAGCAGUCUGCGGCCAGGACCCUCUUGCCUGGCGGGGCGGCUUCACGCCCGGCUGUGGGAGCCGUGGCGGGCAGCGCUGACCCUCCACUUGCUUGCGCAGACGACAAGCUCCUGAGGAAGCGGGUGGUGCAGCAGGGCCGCGGCGAGUCCACCCGCCCCUGCCCGGGCCAGGAGGUGACGGUGAAGCUGCUGGGCGUCCUGGAGGACGGGAGCCUGGUGGAGAAGGACCCCGCGCUGCGCUUCACCCUGGGCCAGGGCGACGUCGUGCAGGCGCUGGAGCUGGGGGUCCCGUCCAUGCAGCUCGGAGAAGUGUCCUUCUUCCUCGCCAGCUUCCAGUACGCCUACGGCCGCCUGGGCAGAGAGCCCGACAUCCCCGCCGACGCCUUGCUGCUCUACGAGGUGACGCUGCUGCUGGCCCGCGAGAGCCCCAGCGCGGGGCCGCUGCCGCCGGGGCAGCGCCUGGGCCUGGGCAGCCAGAAGCGGGAGCGCGGGAACUUCCACUUCGAGCGGGAGGAGUACGAGCGGGCGCUGCGCUCCUACCGCCUGGCGCUGCGCAUCCUCGACGCGCCGGGCCCGGGCCCUGCCAGCCCCGAGGAGGAGGAGGAGGAGGAGCUGCGCCAGCACCGCGUCAAGUGUCUUAACAACUGCGCGGCCGCCCAGCUCAAGCUGCAGCUCUUCGAGGAGGUGCUGGCGUCCUGCGACGCGGUGCUGCGCCUCGACCCCGACAACGUCAAGGCGCUGUACCGGAAAGGCAAGCUGCUGUCGGAGCGGGGACAGGACCAGGAGGCCAUGGGCGUGCUGAAGCGAGCGCUGCAGCUGGAGCCGACCACCCGGGCGGUGCACGCGGAGCUCUCCAAGCUGGCCCGACGGCAGAGCGGGCAGCCGGAGCCCCGCGCCCCCCGCGCCCUGGACGUGCUGCGCCGCCGAGACGACCCGCUGAAGGCGGCCGGGAGCCGCGGCACGUGGGCCGCCCCGCCGCCCGGCCCGGGCGCUGAGCCGCCUCCUCUCGCCCCCAGGUCACGCCCUGGAAGCUGCUCUGCGGGGCCCUGGCCGUGGCCGUGGGCAGCACCGUCACCUCCCUCCUCCUGAGCGCGCGCAGCUGAGGCCGCGGGGCAGCACGGCCCCCGCCCGUGCCCGGGGGGGCCGGCACCGACGGGGGGCGGCACAGUGGAAAUAAAGGCUGAGGCUGCGGCUGA